AUGUCCUACCCCGAACAGUUCAGCGGCUUCCAGGCCCCCUCGGCCGAGAAAUGGCUCGAGUUUGAAAAGAACUCGUGGACCCCCCGUCCCUUUGGCGACUACGACGUCGACAUCAAGAUUGAGUGCUGCGGCGUCUGCGCAAGCGACAUGCACACCAUCAGCGGCGACUGGGGCGGCUGCCCGUACCCUUUGGCCGUCGGCCACGAAGUUGUCGGCAAGGUCUUGCGCGUUGGUCCCAAGGUGACGCUGGCCAAGGUCGGACAGCGAGUCGGCUGCGGUGCCCAGGUCUAUUCGUGCUUGGACUGCCGGCAGUGCAAGAACGACAAUGAGACGUAUUGCAAGCAUCAGAUUGACGCGUAUGGUGCGCCGUACCUGGAUACUGGGUACACGACGCAGGGAGGCUAUUCAUCUCAUACCCGAAUUCACGAGUACUGGGUCUACCCCAUUCCUGAAGCCAUCGCCAGCUCAGACGCCGCGCCCAUGCUCUGCGCCGGCAUCACCGUCUACAGCCCCCUCAAGCGAUUCGGAGCCGGGCCCGGCAAAAAGGUCGGCGUCGUGGGCAUCGGCGGUCUGGGCCACUACGCCGUCAUGUUCGCAAAGGCCCUCGGCGCCGAAGUCUGGGCCAUUUCGCGCUCUCGCGCCAAGGAGGCCGACGCCAAGAAGAUGGGCGCGGACGGCUUCCUGGCCACGAGCGAGAAGGGCUGGAACGAGCCGCACAAGAUGACGUUUGACCUCAUUGUCAACACGGCCAAUUCGUUUGACGGCUUCCAGCUCAGCGAGUAUCUCAGCCUGCUGGACGUUCACGGCCGAUGGAACUCGGUUGGUCUCCCCGGCGGCGAGGGCGUCAAGGUCAACAACUUUGACUUUAUUUCCAAUGGCUGCUUCAUUGGGACGUCGCACCUCGGCAGUCGGCGGGAGAUGCUGGAGAUGUUUGACCUCGUGGCCGAGAAGGGCAUCAAGUCGUGGGUGGAGGAGAUUCCUAUCUCGAGGGAGGGGCUGCAGCAGGCGAUGGAGAAGUUGAAAAAGAGCAGUGUGCGUUAUAGGUCGUGCAUGACGGGUUAUGAUGAGGCAUUUGGGGCGCGCAACCCCCAGUCUGCCAAUCUUCUUCUAAACCUUCUCACCAUGUCGUCUGCAGGAAUUGCCGAGAUCCCCAUCUCGCCCCUCUCACUUACACGUCGCUACCAACGUGUUUCUGCCAAGACGGAAAUCACAUCCGUUGGCAUGACGCCCACAUCAUCAUCAUCCUCAACCACAUCCGCAUUCAGCGUCUCUGCCGCCCAAAGUACCGGCCAAUCGUGGGUUGACUUCUUCGACCUAUCCAGCCAAAAGGGAUACACCAAGGCUGCGGGCACUCACGCCGCUCUUGCGCCCGCAGAGGCCGGCAAGAACAGAGUCGCAACACUCCGCGACUGGACUGUGCAAGUUGGACAGGGCGUCGAGUAUCACCACGGCAGCACCGUCCUAGUUCGGGACUUUUCCACGGGAAAGACAGUCGUUGAACUAAAGGAGGCGGUGUCCGAGCCAGUUGUAUGGAGUAACGAUGGCAUUGCUAUUGCCGCGGGCGAGGGACACGGAAGGAUGGGAGUUUGGGAUGCUCGCACCGGCGCGAGAGUCGGCAGAGUCGUGAGCCACAUUGAUAACAUCACCCACGCGGCCUUUAUGCCCGACCACAAGCUCGUUACGCUCUCUCGCGAUGGAACCGUUCGCAUCACCGACCCGAGAACUGCCAAGACCAUCUCCAAGCUUGAGAUUGAGGGCAAUGGAUCGACGAAUCCUCGCCUUCUGGCUGUUUCUCCCAACGGACGCUCUAUUGUGUCACUCUGGGGGAACACGGUGCACAUCUGGCUCCCAAAGGCGAACCACCUCACUUCAUAUAACCUCAACACUACGCGCACCACCGAAGGCUGGCCGCUCUGCAUCUCUCCCGACACGCGCUGGUUGGUUAGCCGCACCGAAAACGGCUUCGACAUUGUGGACAUUGCCUCUGGCCAAAUUGCCUGGGAGAACCACCAGGACGGAGGUGUAGCAACCAUGGUCACGGCUGCGUCCUUCUCCGCCGACACCAAGGUCCUUUUGCUGGGGAGGAUGAACGGAUCCGUCGAGGUCUGGGACCUUGAUGAAGGGUCUGCCGUUGAGAAUGCCCGUGUUGGUGUUGAGAGCCUUGGCUUGACUGGCUCUAAGCGCAACUAG